AUGAUAGAAAAAGAGAAUUUAAAAUGUUGUGGUAAUCAUGAGCUUGGGAUUUGUGCAAUAGAUAUAGGAAAAGAUGUUUAGAUGAAGGAUAGACUAUUAUGCAGUGAAUGCAUGUUAAAUAUUAGACCAGAUAUGAAAAUGGUUGGUUUAAAUAAUAUUCAAUCCAAAAUUGAAAACAAUAUUUAAGAGAAUCUACAAAAGAAAAUCUCAUUUAUAUCUUAGAAAAAGGAACAACUCACUAAAAUAUAAAAUUGUAUCGAUCUAUGGAAAUAAACAUUUAAUUAAACUAUUGAUUCAAUUAUUAAAGAAUUAGAUUAUUGGAUGGAUAGUUUUAUUAUUAAAGAGUAAGUUAAUUAUUCUUAUAAUUUUAUAUAGGAAUUAGAUAAUUAUAUUAAUUAAUCAUAAUCUCAUGAAAACGAUUAUAAAUUAUUAGUUGAAUCUAUUAUUAAGAUUAAUUAAACAUCUAUUAAUA